AUGGCGUUGGGCUCAUGGGAGAACAAAGGUACGGGGCUUGCCGGUAUCAUCGCGAUCCUUGCAGGAGCUAGCGAGGUAGCGAUCUCAGACUACCCAUCGCCUGCUAUUCUUGAGACCCUCAAGAAAAAUGUCAGAAGGAAUCUGAAGGGUAAUAUGCUUUCUCGGGCAGUAGUCAGAGGUCAUACGUGGGGCGAGACUUCGGACUCGUUUUCCGCAAAUCAUUGUGAGCGCUUUACUCGUAUACUCUGUGCAGACUGCCUCUGGAUGGAUGGUGAACACGAGAACCUCAUUAGAUCGAUGCUUCACUUCUUGUCCCAUGACAGAAACUCGAGGAUAUCGAUCGUUGCAGGUUUUCACACUGGUCGUGCUAAAGUUGCCGCAUUCUUCGAUGAAACCCUGAAAGCAGGUUUGGUCACUGAGAAGAUUUGGGAGCGUGAUGACGAAGGCCAAGAGCGUGCUUGGAAUCCAAUUGGAGAUGGGAGCACUGAGGACGUCAGAGAGAGAGAAAGAUGGUUGGUUGUUGCGAUUUUGAAGAGGCAAUAG